UCUUAGCGUUGGCUAGUAAGAUAGCUACUUAGCCAAACGAGCUAUAACCAUCUUGGUGAACUAUCAUUACUCGGCUGUCCUUAUGACCUUCCAACAUAAUGCUGCAGGUUUGCUCAUAUUAAGAGGAAAUUAACGUGUUUGGCCGAUUGUAGCUUAAGUUCCACUCUCGUAACUUUUUAAAUGUAGACACUUGUUACUCUAUAGGCUGAAAGCUAUAAGUUGAUCACCUUUUUACCCAUCUGCCCUUUUACUAAUCGGAUGAACCAGUGAACUUAGUGUAAUUCAGCACCAACUAAGCAAAAACUGAAGAAAAACUAUAUUUGAAAGUUGUAUUUUGUUAAAGGCAUACAUCAGGGGACUACAUUUCCUCUAAACCUGUAAUUUGAUGAAUAAUUUGAUUAUAAUUUCUAUUUAUACCCAAAGAAUAUGCUAUACAUGUCAUUCUUCAACCAUUGCUUGAGAUCUGUUCAUCUGAUAAUGGCUGUGUAAGCUUUGCUUUUUAACGAGGACACCUUCUCUUCACGCCCAGAUAAUACUUCCUCCGCUGCGUAAUGUACCUCUCGUCCUCGGACAAUAAACACCAUGUCUUUUCAACCAUCCACUUGCCCUUCGGUAUCAGAAUGUGGAGUACAGUAAAUGAACAGUUAAUACUAGCUCCGGUAUUCAAGCUGCUAAUCAUAAAAAAACAUGCAUAAAACUGUCCUGUUUUCUUAAAGUCAACAAGUUAAUUUGUUGUCUAACAGGUGCUUAUUAACUGCGGUGGGAGGAGGAGGAAGAGGAAGAAGAGGAGGUGGAGGAGGAGGGGGGUGACCUGUGAACAGACUGGCUCUGUCCUUGCACUUCAUGGUGGUCCAUCUGCUGCGCAGGCCUGACCGUCUGACUACCCGUCUGUUUAGUCAGUCAGAUGAUCAGUCUGUCGGUCAUCUGUCUGCUUGUCUCACCGCCUUUCACAGACAUGUGAUUCUGGUCAAACAUCUUUCUGUCCCAAAGCCUGAGCUGGAGCCCGGAAGUGGCGCUGACUGACGAGUUGCAGGCUGCAAAGCAAAGGAUCACUGAUGAGAGUUGUGGUUUUAUGGGCUUUUUUAUUUUUUAUUUUUUGCUGGUGUGGGUACACAUAACCUCAUACAUAAAGUUAUAUCUCAAUAAGUAGUCUUUCUGACUGGUUGUAUUGGCUUGCAGUGGUGGUAUGUGUAUAUAUCUUCAGCAGGUAGGGGUGACAUAAGAGACCCCUCCACAAUAACAAUAUGCUGUAAUGUAAGUAACAUACAUUUCCGUGUUUCUGUGAACACGGCAUCACUCUUCCGUUGCGUGAACUGCUUAUAAUCUUCCGUUAAGACCGGUUAGGAUGCAUCUCAACUAAACGGAACUCUCCAGUUAUCAAAACGUGUGAAUUUGCCAAAUAUCCCCCCUUUGUUGUAAUCUCCUAAACUAUUUCGACUAAACUUGCUCCCGUAGCUGUGCCUACGGUAUGAAUGUGAUAGAAUCUGAAUUGUAAGUCGCUUUGGAUAAAAGCGUCUGCUAAAUGACUGUAAUGUAAUGUAAUGUAAUAUCUAUUGGCCAGUCUAGCCACACCAUCCUGUAAGUGUCUUGGCAAACUAUUUAGCUAGCCACUGACCUAUUAUGAUAAUGCUCGCCAGAUUUGCUAGUUAGCCACAGUAGCCUAUAACUGUCUAGUUGAGUAGUUAGCUAGUCUCAUGACCCGUCCAAGAUUAUGCUUGCUAGUUAAGUAAGCUAGUUAGACACAAUAGCCGUGUGUGUGUGUGUGUGUGUGUGUGUGUGUGUGUGUGUGUGUGUGUGAGAGACUGUUGAGCUAAGAUAUUUAGAUCGACUGAAGCUUAAAGUCAAUUAUAUACAUGUGUGUUAUUCAUAUGGAUAGAAAUACAGAGUAGGAUUCAAAUUAAAGACCAAUAUUAAUAUUCACUCCAUGGGUCUUCUCAGAGUAAUGUUUGUUUAGCUGACACAAAGAGACGGACAUUAACCCCUGUUGGUCUGCCGUUGAGCUGGUGGAGCCCUGCAGGAGGCCCUGGCUCAGACUGUGUGGAACCAAGGUCACCCGCUGAUCUGGCCCCUGAUUUCACUACGUGACCCCGAGCUGCCGGCCUGAGGCAAAGUGUGAUAUGCUCAAGAUAGAUCAGUGUUGUUUUGAUAGCUUAUUGUGUGAUCCAAAUGGGGUUUUCAACCUUCUCUAAUUCAACCUGAAUUGCUUUAAAAUCUUUAACAAAACAAUGUUGGGUGAUCUUUAAGCAACGGUUGUUAAUUUAUAUUAUUUUUCAUUCAAAAAGCAAACAAUAUGCCACAUUGUUGUGGUGUUUUUGCACUUGAAAUGAAAAAAAGUCUGAGCGUCCUGAUCGUCGCAAGACUUUUGAUAAACUAGGAAUAUGUGGAUUAAUUAUGGAACAUUAUUAAUUAAGGAAAAUUAGGACUUACAAUGAGGAUUCCACUUUGAUGGUUUCGUUGAAAUGACAUGUAACUAAAACUGUAACUGGAAGCAGCCGAAUCUAAGUCAAGUAAUAGUUCUUCUUCUUCAGUACAAUGUUAUGACACCCUUUUUAUCCCUGACAGGAACUUCGACCGAGUAAGCUGUCUUUACUCGCUUCUGCCCAUCAAAGGAUAAUUAUGGCAAUUGUAAGCAUCAGUACGGUGCCCGUGGACAGCGGCAAUAAUAAGUGCCUCCAGGUAGGCGCAGGUGGUGUGCAGGCGGGGCCUCAGCAGCAGAACCAGCAGUUCCUCCUGAGCCCAGCCAGCCUCCAGCUCGCCCAGCUCCAGGCCCAGCUUACCCUCCAUCGCCUGAAACUGGCUCAGGGUGGCAAUUCAGCCGCUGCUGCCACUGUUCUCAAUCAGGUUCUUUCCAAUGUCGCCAUGUCCCAACCCCUGUUCAAUCAGCUACGGAACACUAUGGUUAGGAACCCUCAGGGUGCCUUCCCCACGGGAGUGCUAGGUUUUCCCUCUUCAAAUUCAGCGUUGGGGGCCUUGGCUGGGGGGGGAUUCAACCAAAACCCAGGGAAUGUGAGAGUGAACCACCCUGGUGGAGUGGGGGCGGUGGGCCAACAGAGUGCGGAGUAUGGUAAAACAUCAGCGUCAACUUACCCUUCUGAUACUGACAGGCGUGUUCAGUACAACUUAGUUGGUGCAACAUCUGGAGCGUCAGCCACAGCUGGUGAUGGACAGUACACGGUGAUUAACACUCAUGCAAAAAACAUGAACAACGUUGGUUUUCAGAGAGAUUUCUAUGGUUGUGAUGUGCUGGGACAACAAUCUGGGUUUAGUGUCAAUGAGCAGAACAUGAAUGUUUAUAACUCCACUGGGCUUAAGGAGCAAUGGAAAGGCCCCGCUAACUUGAGUCACACUGGAGGGGUGGACAGGGUUUCUAAUGCUGCCAAUGUGUGGACAGCAGCUGGGCAGCCAAUUCGGUCCAGAACAGAACUGUAUAACCCAGAGGAGCCAACCCCUGACCCCAAGUUCAAUCCCAGUAGUGGGAUUUCCUCUUUUGCUUCAAGUGGCUCGCAGGGGUUUGGGGGCUACCAGCCCCUGCAUGGAAAUGAGGAAACCGUAUCUUCAGGUACCAGGACACUUCAGCCCUACCAAUUCAAUGAUUACCAUGCUGUCACACCCAAUCAACUGCCACACCAGUGUAGCAUCUGUGACAAGAAGGUCUACAACCUUAAGGACUGGGACCAUCACGUGAAGGGAAAGCUACACCUGCAGAACCGUACCUUGUACACAAACGAAAGCUCCUCUGUGGUAUCGGCUGGAGCUGUUCACUACGCUGUCGGUAGGUCUUCUGAUGGAGGUCUGAACCCCGGAGGGACGAACGCCAUGGUCUACUCUGCUGCAAGUCAAGAUGUAUCUACAGGAGCCAAUGCAUCAUACUUGCCAGUUGCAGCCAUGACGACUUAUCCCGCGUCAGAUACGGGAUUCGUCUCACACCAGCCAGAGUCAAAGCCAUUUCCACCCAGAAAGGCAACAACUGGGCGAGUCGUCCACAUCUGCAACCUCCCCGAGGGCAGCUGCACAGAGAAUGAUGUCAUCAACCUGGGACUCCCCUUUGGCAAAGUCACCAAUUACAUCCUCAUGCGCUCUACUCACCAGGCAUUUCUGGAGAUGGCGUAUGUUGAAGCCGCUCAGGCCAUGGUUCAAUACUACCAGCUCACUCCAGCUGCGAUUGACAAUCAGAAACUUCUUAUACGAAUGUCGAAGAGGUACAAGGAGCUGCAACUCAAGAAACCAGGUAAAGAUCUUCAGUCCAUCAUCCAGGACAUCGCCUCUCAGCGGGGAAAGGACGAGAUGCAAGAAGUUGAACACUACAUGCCAGAGAGAGCACGCUCCCGCAGUCCAAUCAGCCGCUCACUAAGUCCUCAUUCCCACAGCCCCAGUUUUACAUCAUGCAGCUCAGCCCACAGCCCCCAGGGAGGACCAUGCAGGGGUCCGGAGAGAAACAGCAAUGGCCUGGGCCCCCGCAGCGGCUCUUGGGAUUGGUCCUCACACUUAAGAAGGGGUGAGGACGAACGGGAGAGGGAUGACCUAUGGAGGAAUGGGGGCAGUAUGGAAGACGAUCGGCCAAAUGGACGGGCAGCUGACCGUCGGAGGGCUUAUCAGAAACCCUUGGAUCAUAUCAGCUCCAGAUCUGCAGAUGAGCGAGAGGGUGGAGGAGGAGGAGGAGGAGGAGGAGGAAGUGGAGGUGAAGGGAUAAGGGGCAACAGAGACUGGCACCCACGAGGCAGCCCUCAAGGCAUGUCCUUCAGCUCUUACAGGAAUAAGGAGGGCGAGUUCUACUCGAAGGAACAAAUGUACAAGUCGGACAAGCCGCCCAGACCUCCAUACCAGAGGCAUGAUACCAAGCCAAAGAGGAGGGAUGGUGGUGACCACCACAGCAGAUCGAAGCAUUCUGAGUUUGAGAUCACUGAGGAGCCCCUUCGCAGAACACUAGAAGACAAGAGGCAGGGUUCACCAGGCAAAGACAGGAGCAAGAAGACAAGCAGGAGGUGCAUCACUGAGGAAAAACAUGAGAAAGAAAACACUACUGAUAAUAAUGAUCGCAAGUCAAAAGAAAAAUCAGUUUCACCUCAACAGACCAAUAUGCCAAAAGAGUCUACUGAAAGUAGCAAAGAAAGAGACACUGUGAAGGAGGGGGAAAGUGGAGAUGACACUGAUGAAGAGUGUUGGUAUCCUAAGUACAUGGAGGAACUGGUCACUGUAGAUGAAGUGGGAGGAGAAGAUGAUUCCAUAAUUGAGCCAGACCUUCCCGAGCUGGAAGAAUAUGUAUCCUGCCCCAAGGGGUCUGCAGAGGAAGAAGCAGUGGAUGAGUAUAUACUACCACCUACCUCCUCCUCCUCCUCCUCCUGUGAUGUGCAGGAGACAUCUAAUGAGAAGUCUAAUCAGGAAAGGUUCUGUGAGGAUGCUGGAGACCCGGCAGAAACAUCUGUAAAGGAGAAACCAAGGAGUGUUUUAACUGCAGCCAGUCCUGAAGACCAUACACUCAGUCCAGUGACUCAGGAUCUACCAAUCCCCAACCUUAUUGACUUCUCCAGUGAGGAGUUCAAGGCUGCACUGGAGGAUACAUGUUUAGAGGAUAAAGUAACCAAAAGUGGGCCAUCAGAGGAGCCAAUGGAAAAUCACAUCUGUGUUUCAGAGGACAGCAAAACCCUGGAAGUAGAACAGGUCACGGAAACAAUCAAUAAUGGGGUUCAACACAAGGAUGACAUUCAUCAAAAAGCUUACAUGCCUUUUACAGAGAUCGAGGCCCCCUCGCCAUCUCGUGAGCAAGACAAAGCUGUCAGUGAACACAGCAUCCCUUUGGGAGUGGAGUUCAUAGUGCCAAGGACGGGCUUCUACUGUAAACUCUGCGGCCUGUUCUACAACAGUGAGGAGACUGCAAAGACCACUCACUGCCGCAGCACCGUGCACUACAGGAACCUACAGAAAUACCUGUCCCAGCUUGCAGAGGAGAGUCUGUCGGGGGUUCUUGCUGAAACCUCGGCUGCACAGUGACAUCCGCUUGACUUCUCACGUCUUGUACAGCGAACAGCAGAGGAAAGAUUCGUGUAUGUGUGUGUGUGCUGUCGGUGCCAGGUUAUGGACAACUACGAAAGUGACACGUGAAAGUUAGACUAUGAGGACAAUUGCACUGGUUUUGAUAUUUUGGGAGAAUGAACAUUUGGAUGUGUUGAUUGGCAACCAUAGAUAUCUACAUUUUGUAAAUACCUGGGGCUACAGUAUUUAAUUGCUUUUUUUUGGUUUAUCAAUUUUCUUACAGUUUAUUUUAUUGGAUUGUGUGUGAUGAAAUGUAUUUGUUAUUUUUUGGAAUGGAAAUCUAUUUGCAAUGAUGUGUAAUUACUGAGAAGACACAUUUUUACAGCAUGGGCUUAUGUUAGUCCAUUUUCUGAUUUUAAAUCAAUUUUACCAACAACGAUACAAACUGGUUGCAAAAUGACUUGAAAUAUGUGCCACAAAAUGUUUUGACUCAGUUAAAAAUAUGAUUCUCAGGUUUGUUGUAUGUGUUUAAUAGCUUAGUACACAACAUUACAUUUUUAUUUAUAUGUUUAUUUAAAGGCUCUUGCUGUUUUUCUGUCCUCUUGUCAUCGAUGAUUUACGUCAAUCAGGUAGAAAGGUAAAUCAUUUGGAUUGAUAAUGAUGCAGCUAUGCAGAACAUAUACAUUUUUGUGCAUAUUUUGCAUGUUGGAUUGAAUUCAUAAAGCAAUCCCAGUCAUAUUUGCCGACAUAUGUAAUGCCUUAAAUAUUGAAGACCUUUUAAACUGGACCAUGUGUUUAAUUUAUCAGCGAAAGAAGCAAUGUUUCAUGUUACAGUGAUUUGUUCAGAGGGAUUAUCAAGCCAAAUUCUGUUUUUGUAUACUGUGAAUACUGAUCCUGUGACAUCAAUGAUAGUGUUGUUUUCUUUGACAAGCUUUUCAUAUGAUUUUUGAUGCAAAAAACGUAAAUAAACAUUUUCAAACUUGUAU